CCUCCCGCGAUACCCAGGGGCGCCGCCAUCGCAGGCGCCGGGCUCGCUAAGGCCGCGCUUCGAGCAGCCGCCAUGUCGGCCUCCGCCUGCGACCCGAUCCUCACAAAGCAGGAGAGCGUGGGCCGGAGGAGGGGUGCGGGAACGGCCGAAGGGGCCGGGUGUGCCGCGGACAUGGCCGUGUCGGAGCCGGGGGGCAGCGCCGCGGGAUCAGUAACAUUCAAAGAUGUGACUAUGGCUUUUACCCAGAAGGAAUGGGAGCAACUAGAUCCUGCCCAGAGGAACCUGUAUAAGGAUGUGAUGCUGGAGAACUACAGCAACCUUGCCUCAAUGGGUUAUCAAGCUCCCAAACCAAACAUGAUCUCCAAGUUGGAAAAAGGAGAAGAGCCGUGGUUGGGGAAGGGCAAAAAACCUAGACAAGGUGGUCCCAGUGAAAUAGCAAGACCCAAGCAAAUAGGAACCAAUGGAAAAGAAGUCCAGCAAGAUAACGACCAGCUAGCGAAUCACCAGGAAUCUCAAAACAAACUCCUUAGGGAAGUUGCAUUCAAGAAAAAAAGUCUGACUAAGAAGAAAGGCCACGAAUGUAGCUCAUUGGGGGAAAUAAAUGUGAGUACAAAACAUGUUCCUUCAAAAAGAAAGCUUAAAUUUGAUUCACAUGGAAAGAGUUUGAAACAGAAUUUAGACUUACUUGGUCAUAUAAGAAACUAUGCAAAAAAGAAACCUAAUGUAACUAAAGAGCACAAGAAAUCUUUCAGCCAUAGCUUACCUGAUACAAAGAAAAACAAAAAUCAAACUGGAAAGAAACAGAAAUUAUCCAACCAUAGCUUAUCUAAUAAGCAUGACAAAACUCAAACUGGCAAGAAACAUGAGAAAUUAUCUCAUCAUAGCUCAUCCCGUACUAAAUGCGACAAAAUUCAAACUGGAAAGAAACAUGAGAAAUCAUCCAGCCGUAGCUCAUCUACUAAGUGUGACAAAACUCAAGCUAAAGCCAAACCCUAUGAAUGUAAUCAAUGUGGAAAGGUUCUCAGUCACAAGCAAGGACUCACUGACCAUCAGAGAAUUCAUACUGGGGAGAAACCAUAUGAAUGCGAUGAAUGUGGGAUAGCCUUUAGCCAAAAGUCACACCUCGUUGUGCAUCAGAGAACUCACACUGGAGAAAAGCCAUAUGAGUGUACUCAGUGUGGCAAAGCCCACAGUCAUAAACAUGCCCUCACUGACCAUCUGAGAGUUCAUACUGGGGAAAAGCCCUAUAAAUGUACUGAGUGUGGGAAAACCUUUAGACACAGCUCAAACCUUAUUCAACAUGUAAGAUCUCAUACAGGUGAGAAGCCCUAUGAAUGUAAGGAAUGUGGAAAAUCCUUUAGGUAUAACUCAUCUCUUACAGAACAUGUGAGGACUCAUACAGGUGAAAUACCAUAUGAAUGUCAUGAAUGUGGAAAGGCUUUUAAGUAUAGCUCGUCCCUUACUAAACAUAUGAGAAUUCAUACAGGUGAGAAGCCCUUUGAAUGUAAUGAAUGUGGGAAAGCUUUCAGCAAGAAGUCACACCUCAUUAUACAUCAAAGAACUCAUACUAAGGAGAAACCCUACAAAUGUAAUGAAUGUGGAAAAGCAUUUGGGCAUAGCUCAUCUCUUACUUACCACACGAGAACUCAUACAGGUGAAAGUCCUUUUGAAUGUAACCAAUGUGGAAAGGCCUUCAAACAAAUUGAAGGUCUUACUCAACAUCAGAGAGUUCAUACUGGGGAAAAACCCUAUGAAUGUAAUGAAUGUGGGAAAGCUUUUAGCCAAAAGUCACAUCUCAUUGUACAUCAGAGGACUCAUACUGGGGAGAAACCUUUUGAGUGUAAUGAAUGUGGAAAAGCUUUCAAUGUAAAGUCACAACUUGUUAUACAUCAGAGAUCCCACACUGGAGAGAAACCCUAUGAAUGUAAUGAAUGUGGGAAAGCUUUCAAACAAAAUGCAUCCCUUACCAAACAUGUGAAAACUCAUUCAGAAGAAAAAUCUCAGUGAAAUUAAUGUGGGAAAACCUUUUAACUAGAGGUUUUAUUUAACCUUAGAAGAAGUCUGAAUUUUAAGGAUGUUAGAAAGCCUUUAAUAAGAAGUCACACCUCGUUACAUACGAGGGAAUUUGAAAAUGAAUCUUACAGGGAAGCAAUGGAUGGAGAGUUUAAACUUGAUACCAACCUUUUAUAGAAA